AACAGUAUUAAUAUAAUAGUGGAUUACUUCUGUCAGACCAGAAGAGAUAUGACGGAAUACGAGGAUCGCAGCUGUGCGUCAAAUAUGUAUUUACCGAGCUGUACUUACUACGUUUCGACGCCAGAUUUUACAUCAGUCUCCUCCUUUUUACCGCAGACUACUUCGUGUCAGAUUAAUUUCCCCUAUUCCCCCAACAUAGCCCAGGUCCAACCUGUCCGAGAAGUCGCGUUCAGGGAUUAUGGACUGGACCAUCCAAGCAAAUGGCACUACAGGGGCAAUUACGCGUCUUACUACUCUACGGACGAGAUAAUGCACCGGGACUUGAUCCAGUCCUCCAGCAGCAGGGCGGAUGUGCUAUUCAAAAACGAGUCCUUGUACGGUCACCACGGUGGGACGAGCUCGCCGUGCAAUUUCUUCAACGGCGUCGGCCGAAAUGGGGUUCUCCCCCAGGUCUUCGACCAGUUUUUGGACAAUCCUAACUCGGACAAGCCCAACGCGGAGCUCCCUAAACAAAAGACAGACUCUGCUGCUCCCACAGACGCUCCGGAUAACAGUCAGGCCUUGACCAAACUGGAGCAGGACAAAGCUGACCCGAGCGCGAGCGUCGACGAGGACUCAUCCUCCAACUGCGGCGACAAGAGCAGCCAACAAACUUCAUCCACCAAAUCCAGGAAGAAGAGGUGCCCUUACACCAAAUACCAGAUCCGAGAACUUGAACGAGAGUUUUUCUUCAACGUGUACAUUAACAAAGAGAAGCGGCUUCAGCUGUCCAGGAUGUUAAACCUGUCCGAUCGGCAGGUGAAGAUUUGGUUUCAGAACAGGAGGAUGAAAGAGAAAAAGCUGAACCGCGACCGUCUACAGUAUUUCACUGGGAAUCCUUUAUUCUGA